GAUAUGGUAAAAGAAAAAGAUGGUGUCGCCAUUUUGUCCGUACAAUUGUAGGUGAACACUAAGCAUUUGCACAGUGAAUAACACCAAUGUUCUAUGCUUUCUCUUCGCAAAUCGUUGCCACCUUGCAAUUUGAGGCCAAUUUCCACGGUGUUCCCAUUGCAACGGUGGAUUCACCACAUUUUUUCAUCAGUUACAGGUUCUUUCCAACAGGUAUCACAUGACCGUGAGAACAAGACCAACUUUGUAUUCCAUUCUUGCACCGACAUUGGUACUGCCAAGCAGCUUCACGCGCUUUUUACGGUGUUGGGUAAGGCUCAAAAUGUCGUUUUGUUCACUCGGCUUGUUACUUUGUAUGCCACUCUUGGGGACCUCUCAUUGUCUCGCAACACUUUUAAGUACAUUCAAAGGAAGAACAUUUUCACAUGGAACUCUAUGGUGGCUGUGUUUGUUAAGUGCGGGAGAUACCGUGAUGCUAUGAACUGUGUCAGUGAGUUGUUAUCUAAUUCGGGUGUAAGACCUGACUUUUACACUUUCCCCCCUGUGUUGAAGGCGUGCGUGAGUGUGGUUGAUGGGGAGAAGAUGCAUUGUUGGGUUUUGAAGAUGGGUUUUGAGCAUGAUGUGUAUGUGGCUGCUUCCUUGAUCCAUCUGUAUUCAAGGUUUAGUGCUGUGGAUGUUGCCCACAAGGUGUUUGAUGAUAUGCCCGUCCGAGAUGUCGGGUCUUGGAACGCGAUGAUUUCGGGGUUUCUUCAGAAUGGGAAAGCAACGAGCGCGUUGGGUGUUUUAGGUAGGAUGAAGGUUGAAGGGGUAAAGAUGGAUACAGUUACUGUGGCAAGUGUGCUUCCUGUUUGUGCGCAAGCGAAUGAUGUUGUUUGUGGGAUGUUGGUUCAUUUGUAUGUGAUAAAGCAUGGGUUGGAAAGUGAUCUUUUUGUUUGCAAUGCUUUGAUUAAUAUGUAUUCGAAGUUUGGUAGGCUGCAGGAUGCACAGAGGGUUUUUGAUGGCAUGAAGGUGAGAGAUGUGGUGUCUUGGAAUUCUAUAAUAGCUGCAUAUGAGCAGAAUGAUGAUCCAGUUACUGCACUUUGUUUAUUUAAAGGGAUGCAGUUUGGGGGAAUGGGACCUGACUUGUUGACAGUUGUGAGUUUGAUCUCAAUUUUUGUUCAGUUAAGUGAUCGGAGGAUUGGCAGGGCUGUUCAUGGAUAUGUUAUGCGGCGUGGUUGGCUUGAGGAAGAUGUUGUUAUUGGUAAUGCUCUUGUGAAUAUGUAUGCCAAAUUGGGUUUGAUAGAUUGUGCACGUGCAGUUUUUGAACAGCUUCCUAGAAGAGAUGUAAUUUCAUGGAACACUUUGAUCACAGGUUAUGCUCAAAAUGGUCUUGCAAGUGAGGCAAUUGAUGCUUACAACAUGAUGGGAGAAUGUAGAACGAUAAUCCCCAACCAAGGAACAUGGGUGAGCAUUCUCCCAGCAUAUUCCCAUAUUGGAGCUUUGCAACAAGGAAUGAAAAUACAUGGGAGGCUAAUCAAGAACUCUCUCUACUUGGAUGUCUUUGUGGCUACCUGCCUGAUUGACAUGUAUGGGGAAUGUGGGAAGUUAGAGGAUGCAAUGUCCCUAUUCUAUGAAAUCCCUCGGGAAACUUCAGUCCCUUGGAAUGCAAUAAUAUCUUCUCUCGGGAUUCACGGGCAUGGAAAAGAAGCUGUGCAACUUUUCAAGGAUAUGCAAGCUGAAGGGGUAAAGGCUGACCAUAUUACUUUUGUAUCAUUGUUGUCGGCUUGUAGCCAUUCAGGUUUAGUUGAUGAGGGUCAAUGGUGCUUCGAUUUGAUGCAGAGAGAUUUUGGGGUAAAGCCCAAUUUGAAACAUUAUGGCUGCAUGGUGGAUUUAUUUGGCAGAGCUGGGUAUUUGGAGAAGGCACAUAAUUUAGUAAACAAUAUGCCCAUACAAGCAGAUGCAUCCAUUUGGGGUACUCUCCUUUCUGCUUGUAGAAUACAUGGAAAUGCAGAAUUGGGUACUUUAGCUUUAGAUCGCUUGUUGGAAGUUGAUUCAGAGAAUGUUGGCUAUUAUGUUUUGCUGUCAAAUAUCUAUGCAAAUGUUGGAAAAUGGGAAGGAGCAGUUAAAGUAAGAUCCUUAGCCAAAGAUAGAGGAUUGAAGAAGACUCCUGGAUGGAGCUCUGUUGUAGUUGGUAGUGUAGUUGAAGUCUUUUAUGCAGGGAACCAAACUCAUCCACAAUGUACAGAGAUAUACAAGGAAUUAAGGGUUUUGAAUACCAAAAUGAAAAGCCUUGGUUAUGUUCCAGACUAUAGUUUUGUCCUACAAGACGUUGAGGAGGAUGAGAAAGAGCAGAUUUUGAUAAGUCACAGUGAGAGGCUGGCCAUUGCAUUUGGACUGAUCAGCACCCCUCCAAAAUAUCCCAUUAGGAUAUUUAAAAACUUGCGUGUUUGUGGUGAUUGCCACAAUGCUACCAAGUACAUAUCCAAAAUUACUGAAAGGGACAUUAUUGUGAGGGAUUCCAACCGUUUUCAUCACUUUAAAGAUGGGUUUUGUUCAUGUGGUGAUUACUGGUGACCGAUGAAUUUUCAUUUGUUAAUAUUUUUCUAGACUAAUUGUGUUUCCGUGAGGUUUUUUUGUUUUUAUUUUCUUAUUUUAGAUUAGAUUUGAUUUUUCAAAAAUAAAAUGCUGUCAUUCCAAAUAUGUGUUAAUAUGAGCUUAUUAGAUAGAAUUUAGUUUAGUCUAGUUUUCUUUCCUAUUCAUUAGUUUAGCUCAAUUAAGUUUUCUUUAGUUUACAUUUUCUGGUUUUGUUACUUUUCAGAGUUAGUACUAGUUUGUAGCUUUUAGGCCAUAUCUAUUGCUGUUUUUAGACUUGAGUUCUGAUAUUCUCUUGUUCUUGAAUUUUCGUGUUUUCUUAUUUUUGUUUCGAGACCUGAUGUGUUUUUACUUUUGUUUGUCUUGAAUUAGGAAUUAGUAUAAUACAUUCUCAUUUGUUGUUUCACAGUUUCAACCAAUGCAUUUUAGUUUUUCUUUCACUGCCUUUUCGUUUCUACUGUGCCUGGCCAUUCACUGAAUUCACUCUCAAUUGUUGUUUCUAGUUUCUGUCCAACUUACAUGCAUUGCAUUUUUGUUUCUGCUGCCAGUCACUGUUUGCAUUUUAAUUUCAGUCCAGGUCUUGUCCAGUUUCUGCCCAUCCACAAAAUCAUUUCCUCUUCCUCUCCAUUUUAGCUUUAACCCAUAUCAGUUUUGAUUACUAGUACUGAUUUUGCAAAAUUCACUAAAAAUAGGAAGAAAUUAAUUCUCUAGUCAAAUUUUUUGUGCUAACAUCUAUUAGUGUAUAUUUGUCUGUACAGUCUUUACAUUGCAUAUAUUAGUCAUAGAUUCUGUUUUGAAAAAUUUGGUGGUGAAAAAGCUUGAAAUGAUCAUAACAUUUGCUAUGGACCACGAAUGACGAUGUGUUGAACCGUAAAUUUAUUGGAAAUUGUGUUUCAAUUCGGCUGGCCAAGUUGGGGUCCCAAAGUUUCAAAAUUCCACCAUCUACUAUAUCAUUUCUAUUUUCUUAGUAUUUUUGCCCCAUUUUACUAUAUUUCAGAGAUUUAUUUCACUUACCUAUACUAUUCAGAAAAUUCUAAACCUUUUAUGGUGUUUUCUAGCAGUAAAUAAAGAUUUUUCAUGCUUUUAUAUUUUAGAUCUUCUUUUUAUACUUUUGUAUGUAGAACAUUCCAUUUAGUGUUUCAGUCAUUUCUUUUCUACUAUAUUCAUUUGAAGUGCUGUAUAAUUUUGUGAGUACAUAUUUUGCAUCCUCUUUCAUACUAAGAUUCAUAGGACAUUCUCCAUAGACUUCAUAUAAAUAUCGCAUAAUUUUUUUUCCCAUGCAUUGCAUAUAGCUAGUCAUUUUUCAUUGCAUGGUUCAUUUUUCUGUUUCGCUAUUUUGCUGUUUCACUGUUCAAUGCUGCAGUUUUCAGUAUGAUGCUGUUCUCAGCCAAAUGUUACUCCUCAUGGUGCAAUGGAAAUUAACGAUGAAGUUUCCAGCUCAAAACCUUCAAGUAGACCUAUCCGGACAUUUUUUUGAUUUAGAUGGAACAACAUUCAUGAAACCUGUGUUGGAGGAGGAGGCAGCAGAAGGCCAUUAUAAAUUUGGCAGAAGCAUAAUUGGGCCUGGGCUUGAGAACUGGGCUGCUCUGAAGCUUUUGGAAUGGUUGAUUUGGGCCUUUGAUGUUUAUUGAAGAAGUGUUAAACGCUGUUGUUGCAUUGAGCUGUUUGAUUGGGCUGAUUAGAAGAAAUUGGUCUACGCUGCACAUGAUUAUGGAUUUAGGUUGCUGAUAUCUUUAAUUGGAAGCUGAUUGAAGGGCGUGGAUAAAUUGGGUUGACUUCCCUUUAGUGGAACGAUGCCGUUUGGAGGCUGUCAGCUACUUGGGGGUCUUAGUUUUGCGGUUCAUUUGUAAAGCACAAUCAGAGUUCAUUUGGCAAGAAGGGAACACCUUCGAGAGAGAGCAUUUCGAGAGCUAGGGCAUGACGCACGUGAGGAAGAGAAGUCCCAGCACUUACUUGAAGCUUGCACAUCUGGACCAUAGAAGAAGCAUCUGACCGGCGAGUGAGGGUCACUGACCGGAGCUGAACCGGUAAUAAUGAAGACGAUGACCGGAGCUUACUGCCACGUGGAGGAUGAAGCUCAAAAGCAUGCAAAGCAAGUUUCUUCUUCCCUUUUUCCCUCUUUCAUUUUUUUUGUUUUCUUCUUUCUUCAACCCUAUAUAUAGGGGUUUCUGCCAUGUAAAUAGGAUUUUUUUUUACACACAGACACACGCACUUUACUUUUCACACUACAGUUCUCUAUUCUCUAGUUUAGGGUUUUUAGUUUUUCUUAGAUUAGAGACUGUGUUCGUGAUUCUGGAUUUUGCUGAUGAGAUUCAUGGAACUGUGACAAUCUGUGAGCUUCUCAUUCGGUGAUCUCUGGUAUCUUGUUUGUAAUUUUCUCUUUUCAUGUUAAUAAAGUUUCGUUCUGUGUUGUGUUCGUAAUCUUGUUUGCAUUUUGAUUUUUUUUUCUUUG